CUUAAUCAGUAAAUCAUGAAAUUAGUUAUAUACUUGUUUUAUCUAUUUCGGACGGGUAAAUAAUAUUUUAUUGAGAUUGUCCUCAAACUUUACGGACAACCUCGUACAGACGUCAUACAGAUAGAGGGUAUGAAAAAGCCUUUGUUACCGUGGCUGAUAUCGAUAUCACGAUUGUCAUAAAUUGAAUUUUACAUACAAUUUACUUGUAUGUAUACUACUAAUUAUAUCAUAAAAUGUGUAACGUUGGUUUUUCCGUUUGAAUGGUUUACACUAGUAAUUUUUUGGGGCCCUUAAUAGCUUGCUGUUCGGUGUGAUCCAAUGCUCCGUGUUGAAGGCCGUACCUUGACCUAUAAUGGUUUACUUUUAUAAAUUGUAACUUGGAUUGAGAGUUUUCUCAUUGGCACUCAUACCACAUCUUCCUAUAUCAAUGUAUUGUUUAUAUUUAUAAUUUUCAGAUACUGAGCGAUGGUAAUUAUCUUUAAUUAGUCAUCGAAUGAAUAAAGUGCCAAAAAAAAUGAAUUUUUCCAGAUCAGCAAAAAAUGUGUGCAUAGGUGUUGUAGUCUUUUUAAUCAGCAUAUGGUUUCUAUGGACUCUAAAAAUAAUAAAGAACUUUGAAAUAGGAGACAUGAAGAUUGUUCAUAAACAACCGCAAACUACAUGGUCAAAUACAUCUAAUUUUACCAUAUUAUUUUACGCGUAUCCUUCCUAUUUUAACGCAAAGUACAUUGUUUUUGAUAAAUGUGAAUACACAAACUGUAAAGUUACUACAGACAAAACAGUAUUUAACAAAAGUGACGCUGUUAUCUUUCAUCAUAAUGGAAUGUCAACAUCGCCUAACAAGUUAAAUGGUCAAAUAUGGAUAUUUGCUUCUUUAGAGAGUCCAUAUCACACUUAUAAAACAUUUCGCAAUGACCCAUUUAAGAUGAAAUUUGAUUGGACAAUGACGUACCGAAAAGAUUCCGAAGUGUUUGCACCGUACGGAUUUGUGAGAAAACAACUUUACAUUCCAAAAAAGAAUUACACUUCUAUAUUCCUGAAUAAAACAAGAAAUAUUGCCUGGGUCGUAAGCCACUGCCAAACUAUAUCAAAGCGAGAGCUUUAUGUGAAGGAGUUAUCGAAAUUUAUUGAUGUUGAUAUAUAUGGAGCAUGUGGGAAACCUUGCUCAUCCACAUCUGCAGAAGAGUGUAAAAAACUUUUAAGUAAAACGUACAAAUUUUACUUGUCUUUUGAAAAUUCAUUGUGCAAAGACUAUUUGACAGAAAAAAUAACAACAAUGUACAUGCAUAGUAUGAAUUUUAUUCCAAUCGUUCGAGGUGCACCUAAUCCCGGAGAUCAUCUACCACAAAAGACAUACAUUUCAACGUCUGAUUUUAAGUCCCCCCAGAAUCUAGCGGCUUUUCUUAAAAAGAUAGGUACCGAUGAAACACGCUACAUUUCAUAUUUGAAAGAAAAGAACAAAUAUUUGUUUCAUACAGAUCCAAAUUUUCAGUCUGGAAUGUGUGAUAUAUGUUAUCAUUUAAAUGUAAGACGACAAAAGCCAAAAACCAAAAAUCUCACCAAAUGGUUAUGGGAAAAUCAGUGCCAGGAACCAAAAGACAUACCCUCUUGAACUAUUGAAUAAAGAACAUAUUCAAAUUAUUUAUGAACGAUACAAAUAAGGCAAUUCUUUGCAACCGGAAUGGAUAUGGUUUUAAGUUUUUUACGUUUUAUUGUCAUUUAAUUGCAAUGUAAUGUUUUAAAAGGGUUACUAGUAAUAUAAAUAAGAAGAUGUGGUAUGAGUCCCAAUGAGACAACUCUCCAUCCAGGUCACAAUGUAUAAAAGAAAUACUAGACAAAGCAGUAAAAGAACUCUUACAAAAACUGUUAUAAAAUGCCAACUUUGUUUUAGUAAAAAAAAGUACUAGUACCUGCAACUGACUGGAUCACAUGACUGAUGUUAGUAGUUCUACUGAAAACAUAAAAGUGUUACAAGUUG